AUGGAAGAAGAAGAAGACAUUGAAGAAUUAUUUUCAAAAGAUCAAGAUGAUCUCAUUUUACUAAAAAGAGAAUCUUUACGACAUGAUAAAAUAAUUAAAAAAUCAUAUUUAAGAGAACAGCACAUUUAUUUGAAAAAUAUAGGGUAUUCAAAUGCAGCCAAAAAAUUUCCACAGGAUAAACACCUUGUCAAUCUACUUUACGGAUUUCUAAAAACAAAGAAAGUUAGUGAUAUAAACAUUUGUACUAUUUUUUAUGAACUUGUACAAAAUGAAAAUGAUUUACUUUGUCAAGUAGAAGAUAUUUUAACAAAGUACAAUAAACAUAUUUAG